CACGCACAGGGCGUGGGCGGGGCGCGCGCAUGCGCGGAGGGAGGCGGCGGGUGUUGGCGGAGCCGGGGCUGCCGGGGCUGCGGGCGCCAUGUCGGGCCGCUCGGUGCGCGCCGAGACCCGCAGCCGCGCCAAGGAUGACAUCAAAAAAGUGAUGGCGGCCAUCGAGCGCGUCCGCAGAUGGGAGAAGAAGUGGGUGACGGUGGGCGACACCUCCCUGCGGAUAUUCAAGUGGGUGCCGGUGGCCGACAGCAAGGAGAAAGAGAAAUCCAAAUCGAGCAGCAGCACUGCCCGAGAACCCAAUGGCUUCCCAGCUGACACCUCUGCUAACUCCUCUCUCCUCCUGGAGUUCCAAGGUGCUGUUUCUGCAGAUGAGAACAGCAACCAGAGCUCCCUGUCGGAUGUCUACCAGCUCAAGGUGGACAGCAGCCCCAACUCCAGCCCUAGUCCCCAGCAGAGCGAGUCCAUGAGUCCUGCCCACACAUCCGACUUCCGCACGGAUGACUCGCAGCCACCCACACUGGGGCAGGAGACGCUGGAAGAGCCCUCCCUGCCUUCCUCGGAAGUUGCAGACGAGCCUCCCACUCUCACAAAGGAAGAGCCAGUCCCCCUUGAGACUCAGGUAACUGAAGAGGAGGAGGACUCCGGUGCACCGCCUCUGAAGAGAUUUUGUGCCGAUCAGAACUCUGUGUGCCACACGGCCUCGGAGAGCUAGCCUGCCUGUCCCCGGGGAGAGCGCCUUCGCCAGCCCUCGCAGAGCCGCCUGCCCUCCCGGGGGGACAGGGUGCUCCCUCCACCCGCCCCUUCCCCAGGGACGGGUGCUCCCACUGCUCGCCAACCAGCCUGCCCUGCCCUGCCCUGCCCCGCGCCGAGGCAGGAGCCUCUCGCCGGCCCCGGCCUCCCCCGGGCGCACGGGACCGCCACCGGCACCCGCAAAUCUGCCUCUAUUUAUUGGCUCCCUCUCUCCCUGCUGAGCUGUACCCUAGCGGGGCGGUCUCCGGUGGGUGGUCUGGAGUUCUCCACGGGGCUCCUGCUCUCCACGCCCCCCGGGGUUGCUGGCAGAGGCGGUUCGCCUGCUCCGGCCACCCUGCCCACCCACCCCUGGGUGCCGGGAGAGAGCCGCCUUCCACCUGCACCGAGCGAUUUUCCCGGUCUCUUGUGAGCCCCGGCUGGGGGCGGCGGGGGGAGCAAGCAGGGAUCCGCUGGGACGCUGUGCAAUAACCUGCGAGUUUUAAGCCAUGAGUGUUGGGAGAGACGGGAGCGCUCCCCCCGCGGCGGGCGGGCACCGGCCUGCCCCCGCUCUGCCGCCGGCUGCUGGGAUGGCCCCCCCCCCCCCGGCUUUCUCCCCCCCCACCCGGAGACGGGGGAGCCCUGCCCCGGCCUCGGUACCCCCGGUCCCCGCACGGGGCAGGGAGGCGGCAGGGUGCCGGCCCCCCCACCCCUCCCCGGCCUCCCCGCUGCGCCCGCCGCCCGCCCGCCCCCCCCCCCGGCCCCCCCGCCGCCACUGCAUGUCCCGCCGAGUCUGCGAUCGAGCCUGGCGAAGCCGAAGGCGCGGCCGCGCGCGUGGAAGUGGAAAGUUAUUUUAGCACUGAAUAGAAUAUUUUUAAAAUUAAACUAUUUGAAAUAACAGCGCCCGGUGUCUGCGGGGUGGGGCGGGGCGGGGGGGAGCGGGAGGCAUCGCGCGGCGGGGGCGGGGGGGGGGGGGAGGGCGGACCUGUCGGUCCCCGGCAGCGGGCGGGGGUCGGUCCCAGCGCGCGGCGGGGCCCCUUCCCAGGCCGGGGGGGCCCAGCUCCGCCGCCGUCUGCACCCCCGCCCCCCCCCCCCGCCCCGGCGGCGGUUCUGCCCGGGGUCCCGCGGCAGCGCCCGGUGGAGCCGCCCCGGGAGCGCCGGGAUCCGCGUGUAGCC